UCUCCCUCCCUCUCUCACCCACCCACUCACUCACACACACACACACACACACGCACGCAUGCAGAAGCGAGGAGGUAGAGCGGGGAGGCAGGACGGAUCCUGAACAAAGCCGGAGAGACCGUGCUGGAGUACACACAGGGACACACACGUGCACACGCCGUAGCUCUUGAGAUGCCUCGACGAGUGCCUGCCAGCUACUUCUGUGGCCAACUGAAGGCACACUGCCGCAGCUGAGGAUGGCAGGGGAUUCUCGAGUCCACAUGGACCACGACAUGGAGAUAGGAGUGACACCCAACGAGGUGAAGAAGCUUCCCAAGCACCUGCGGGAGGCACAGAUCCCCACCGACCGCACACACUUGAUCACCGACCCGGCCAAGAGAGUGCGGCAGCGCUACGUGCAGAAGGAUGGCAAGUGCAACGUGCAUCACGGCAACGUGAAGGAGACCUACCGCUACCUGAGCGAUCUGUUCACCACACUGGUGGACCUGCGCUGGCGCCUGAGUUUCUUCAUCUUCACACUGGUCUACGUGGUCAAUUGGCUGUUCUUUGGCUUCCUGUGGUGGCUGAUCGCGCUUGUGCGCGGCGACCUGUGGCACUCUGACGAGGAGGGCUGGACCCCCUGCGUUGAGAACCUCAACAGCUUUGUCUCGGCGUUCCUCUUCUCCAUCGAGACAGAGACGACUAUCGGCUAUGGCUUCCGCGUCAUCACCGAGAAGUGCCCUGAGGGCAUUGUCCUGCUCUGCGUCCAGGCCAUCCUGGGCUCCAUCGUCAAUGCUAUGAUGGUGGGCUGCAUGUUUGUCAAGAUCUCACAGCCCAAGAACCGCGCAGAGACGCUCAUGUUCUCGCACAAGGCCGUCAUCUCCGUGCGCGACAACAAGCUGUGUCUGAUGUUCCGUGUGGGCGAUCUCCGCAACUCGCAUAUCGUGGAGGCGUCGAUCCGCGCCAAGCUCAUCCGCUCGCAGCAGACCAAGGAGGGCGAGUUCAUACCCCUCAACCAGACCGAUAUCAACAUCGGCUUUGACACGGGCGAUGACCGUCUCUUUCUGGUGUCGCCACUCAUCAUCUCCCAUGAGAUCAACGAGAAGAGCCCCUUUUGGGAGAUGUCGAGGGCACAAAUCGAGAAAGAGGAGUUUGAAAUUGUGGUCAUUCUGGAGGGUAUGGUGGAGGCCACAGGGAUGACUUGCCAGGCACGUAGCUCCUACUUGGACACGGAGGUGCUGUGGGGCUACCGCUUUACGCCGGUGCUCUCGCUCGAGAAGGGCUUCUACGAGGUGGACUACAACAACUUCCACGACAUCUACGAGACCAGCACGCCCUCGUGCAGCGCUAAGGAGCUGGCCGCCCGCCUCAGGGACAGCCAGCUGUUCCCCCAGCUCUCGCUCCUCUCGCCCGACCCCCGACCGCCACACUCCCAGAACCCUGCCUCGCUCCGCGACCCGCUCGUCACCACCGAGGAAGAGGAGACGACGACCGCGACGGAAAUGGAGGAGAAGGGCGAGGCGGAGGAGCGAGGGAGUGAGACCAACAAUGGCAUGGCCGCCACCAUGGAGGAGACGGCCUGAGAGCGUCCAGGCCCCAAGUCCAGACAGACUCAGAGACCUUGUGCUACUUGUAGACCGUACAGCAAAAGCUUUGUUCCAUCCCAUUAUGUGGAGAUGAUCCCGCAAUAUUCAUGCAAUACCCGUCUCUAGAAUGACUACCUAAUGUAUAUGGAAAGCUACACUGCAUUUUAAAUGACAUCAACACAUGCACACACAUACAGACAUAGGUAUUAUACUUAUUCACAUAAUCUUACAAAGACAGACAUAUAUACACACAAGUUAGUACAACAUACAGACACAGGAUAAACACUAACACAGACUUACACACACACACACACUCACACUCACACAUAACCACACACACAUACACACACACAGUCGCAUUCUGUCAGACGAUCUUUUCCUACACCAGUCAGCCACCUAUAUUUUUGACACCCAAAGAGGUGUGCAGGUAGCCAUAAAUACAAGGCUGAACAGGUCACCAUAAUAAUCCACCAAUAUCAGCAUUGCAGCAUACGAAUGAUGCAGUUGUUCCUCUUCAGAGACUUGUGGUCGUGGUGGCACCCUUGUUUAAGCUUCCAUUAGCCCACCCUCGCCUCGCCUCACCCCUAUCUCCUUACGUGGCCCUGAGAAAGCGCAGGAAAGGUUUCAGGCUCUUUCGACUCAUUAGUUUCGAUCAACCCUUCACCACUGCAAAAACGCAAGGCAGUAGAGAGAUUGUGCUUUAAUGCUGGUGUUAACUGUGGAAGCAUAUGGUGUUGUGCCAUAACUUUUCUCUUCUUUAUUUCUGUUUUUCUUUCUUUCAUACUUUUUUUUUCUUUCUUUCUUUCUUUCAUCACUGUAUGUUUAUCCAUCACACAACCUUAUGCGCCAUCUCAUGUGGCAGAGCUAUGAAUUAUUCACAAUGAGUCCAUGCUUAUUUUAACCAAAUAUAUGGCAAGUCGAUACAGUGUCUCAGUAGAUGGUAAACAGAAGCACAACAUCCGCCCCUCGCCCAUUGUUUAAGAAAUACAGGCAUCAGGGUUUGUGUCUGGUUGAUACUUUUCUGUUCCGCCACACAUAUCCUGUUUUAAACGGUGCGGUUCAAAGGUGUACAUAGAACACAUUUUCAAAGGUGUUGCCACAUUUUCUUUUCUUUACGAAUUUAACACAGGUUUUUAUCAGUACAGAAUAUGCUUUAAUUUUUCCUAAUUAUUAUUUAUGAAUAAUUUGAGAAAGGUUUAGAAAAAAAAUACAGAGCCAGACUCAUGACUGAAUUAUUUAUUGAUAAUUACUUAUAUUGGUUGAUAAGAAGUUUGAAUUGACAUAUAGCUGAAUAGGAUUUAAUGAGACCCAAAGCUGUACCUCCUUUCAAGCAACUGCUUGAGCAGUUGCCUUUGCUUUUGAGAGAGAAGGCAUAAUCAAUGUUAAUAUGCCAUUACUCCCCUGGUCUCAAUCAACCCCUUAUUCCAUCUAUUCUUCUUUAUUCAGAGAUAAUGGUUUGUCUUAAAUGAGCAUGACGCAAUUCUGACAGAGAAAAUCACGUACAAUUUCAAUACAGGGUAUUUUUUAAGGCAUGCUAAUUUCAACCAAAAGCUUCAACCUAAAUCUUUACUGUGUAGAAAUCUGCCGAUAUUUAAGAUAGAAAGUCUUUGCAAUUAUUUAUAACCUGUUUUUAAUGAAGUCAAAGUUCCAUUCAUCUAUCUGUUAAAUGCCAAUACAGGCAGCCAUUUCUUCCUGUAACACGUUUAAUUCACUGUGAGAACAUGGCACAAUAUUUAUGCCAUUUGCAUAAAUUAUGUGAUCCAUAAUAUUUAGAUAAAACAUCUGCCAUAACCAGUAUGUUAUCCGUUUUCUGUGUUGUCAUGGAAAUAAACUCUGA